AAUGCGUCAGAGCUGAAGACAUUUUUUGGGUAUAAAUAAACUUGGCCAGGGGUAGUGGAUCAUCAAACAGUUAUUAGCCUUCCCAAGAAGCAAACCAAUCCAAUAUAAUCAACAUGUUCAAAUACGCCGUUGUUGUCCUUGCCAUUGUUGCGUGUGCUGCUGCCAAGCCAGGACUUCUGGGAGCUCCUGUGGCCUACACUGCUCCUCUGGCCUACGCUGCUCCUGCCGCUGUGGUAGCUGCUCCUGCCCCAGUUGUGACUGCCACCAGCAGCCAGGUGAUCGCCAGGAACUACAAUGGAAUCGCAGCUGCUCCAGUUAUUGCCCCAGUGGCAGCUCCCGUGAUCGCCAAGUACGCUGCUGCUCCGAUUGCUGCUCCCCUGGCUUCUCCUGUGGCAACUCCCUUUGCUGCUCCUAUUGUAUCUCCAGUGAUUGCCAAGUAUGCGGCGGCUCCUUUGGCUGCUCCCCUUGCUUAUACCUCCCCCCUGACGUACAGUGGCCUCCCAGCUGCUCCAGUUUUGCUUUAAACUCGACUGAAUAAUAAACGUAAUAUGGAAUCUCAAAAAA